AUGCGGCUUGAUAGAAUUCGUUGCUACACCGAUUCAAGCAGGAAGCUUCGCUGGGCCGAAGAUGCUCAGAAGAGACACUCUGCGGAGCUCUCCUGGGUUUUGGGACAGUUGCCCCUCGUGCAGGCCGAGGAACGCCAGCGCCAAAAGGAGUUGGAUAUAAAGCACGCGAUGAAAUACGGCUCCGUACAGAAGAAUACUAGGAGCAUGGCAGAAGCGCAGAAAACCUCAGAUUCACUCCGCCGGAGCCCACGGAUUGCUGCCAAGCUUCAAAAGGCUGCCAUGGUCAACCUGCCAACUGUCCCAGAGAGACAACAAACCGGUUCUAUUCCUCGCAAGCGCUUGAGACAAAAAAAUGCGCCGUGCACUGUUUUUCAGGAGGAAGCGAGCGAUAACACUUCCAGCCGACGUCGGAACCAGGCACGGCCAGCGGAUUCCGUCCGAGAACCAGCACAGGAUGUUGCUCCACGGAAACGUCACAAGUUUUGGGGCUUUCUUAGCGUAGAAAUAUAA